UCCCUCGGAAAUGCCAUGACUCACCGGAGGCUGCGGCGGAAUAACUCACGUGGCAAGCUGCAGAGGGAGUCAGACUUCAUGGCCAGUGUAGACAGCAGCUGGAUCUCCUGGGGUGUGGGAGUCUUCAUUCUGAAGCCACUGAAGUGGACUCUGUCCAGCGUGUUGGGUGACAGUAAAAUACCUGAGGAAGAAGAAGUUCUGAUUUAUGUGGAGCUGCUUCAGGAGAAGGCAGAGGAAGUUUAUCGCCUGUAUCAGAACUCGGCGCUCUCUUCUCACCCUGUCGUUGCCCUCUCCGAGCUGCGUUCCCUCUGUGCCAACGUUUGUCCAGAUGAAAGGACCUUCUACUUGUUGCUUCUCCAGCUGCAGAAGGAAAAGAGGGUCACCAUCCUGGAACAGAACGGAGAGAAGAUAGUGAAGUUUGCCCGAGGUCUUCAUGCCAAAGUCUCCCCCAUGAAUGACGUGGAUAUCGGGGUGUAUCAGUUGAUGCAGAGCGAACAACUGCUGUCACAGAAGGUGGAGUCCCUUUCCCAGGAAGCAGAGAAGUGUAAAGAGGAUGCUCGGAGUGCUUGUAGAGCUGGGAAAAAGCAAUUGGCCCUGAGAUGUUUGAAAUCCAAACGAAGGACGGAGAGGCGCAUUGAAGAGCUUCAUUCCAAGCUGGAUGCAGUGCAGGGCAUCCUGGAUCGUAUAUACGCCUCCCAGACUGACCAGAUGGUAUUUAAUGCCUAUCAGGCUGGUGUGGGAGCUCUGAAACUCUCUAUGAAGGACGUUACUGUGGAGAAGGCAGAGAAUCUGGUGGAUCAGAUACAAGAGCUUUGUGAUACCCAAGAUGAAGUAGCCCAGACUCUGGCUGGAGUGGGGAUCAAUGGGCUAGCAGAGAUGGACACUGAGGAACUUGAGAAGGAGUUGGACAGUCUCCUCCAGGACUCGACCAAGGAGCCUGUAGAUUUGCCUCCCGUUCCCCAGAAGGUGCUAAAUCCCCCCAUUUCUGAUGCUGAGCUUGAAGCUGAGUUGGAAAAGCUCUCUCUUGCUGAUGGAGAUUUGGCACAAAAGACUCCCUCUGCUUCCUCUGAACCCAAAACAGCUCUGGGACUGAAUCUCUAAAGACCCAACCGAAUCCUGUUGCUGCAGUUUGAGAAGUUGUCUUAAGGUUCCUUAACUAAUGACUGGAACUUCUGGGGAGAGGGGUCACGUUUCCCUGUUCUUCAUGGAUAUCCCUUGGCUCAGCAACAGGAUCUCCUGCCAUGACAAUCCACUCUGGAACUGGCCCCAGUUGGUGUUUGUCAUCUCUGUGCCAACAUCUGCACUGGUCUCAAAUUGACUUGUCGAUCCCAAGUCACUCUGCGACAUCCAGAUUUUCAGAUUUUCCCCUUCUGGGAACACAGUUCACUAUUCUGCCCGGUGAAGAUAAAACUCUUCUAUGUCCAUAACAA